GCUAAUUAUUCCUUAUACAGCAGGUGUAAUAUGUACACAAAGAAGACGCGAGUCGAGUUUUCUAUGAAUGAAUUUCAUUUAGUUCGUAACAAAAAUGGAGAAACUACGCGCAAAAAAGGAUGAAAUGUUAAAAAAGAUCGAGGAAUUUGAAGAACGAGAGAAGGCUGCAAUGAAGAAAAUUGCGAGACUAGAGGAAGUUAUCGCGAAAGACAAGAAUGAGUCCGCAACUCUGAGACGAAGUUGCAGUCUAACAGAGCACCAGUUGGACAAAACCGAGGAUAUCCUUGACCAAAAAUUGGAAAGAUUAGUCAUGCUUCACAAGAAAACUGAACAAGACAUCCAGAUGUUGAAGGUUCUCGAGGAUCGAGAAUUAGAAGUUGAUAACAGCCUUGAUCGACUUGAACCGAGCGCAAAGGCCGCAAUACAACGACAACAUGAUGCUGAGAUGAGAUGCAUGGAAGUUCAACGCAGACUCACCCUGACCACGUCAGAGCUGCAUAAGAUACGCGCAAGACAGCGCGAGAAAGAAGAGGAGGUGAGAGAGCUCGAAAAUAGGUUGAAGGUAGGAGGAAGAAGCAUUCAACAGUUGGUGAUUUCCGAAGAAAAAUAUUGUGACAAGGAGGAUGAAUUCAGACAUCGAAUUAGACUUUUGAAAGCAAAUUUAGCCGCAACAAUUUUGAGAGCGGAAGAAAGUGAGAGAAGAUGUAUGCGUCUUGAAAGGGAAAAUGAUAUGGUCGAAGAAGAGACAAGGGCAUAUAAAAAGAAUUAUGAUAUGAUGCAGAAAGAACUGCAUGAUACUUUAAAUGAUAUAGAAUGCGUAUAAUAUGAUACUGGACUGCUAUUGCAAAGACUGCAAAGAAUUCCCCUAAUAAUAAUAAUAGAAAUUACAAUUGUAGUUAAGAAUAAAAUUUCUUAUUCUAGUCUGUUUAUUGCAUGUCCAAUAUAAAAAUGUUUUUCUUAUCAUAUUUAACGUCUGCAAUGUAUGCAAAUAUACGCAUAGAGAUUAUAGAUGAAGUUCAGAGCCUAAAACCUUCAAGUCUGAUGAAUUAGACUGAAAAAGGUUGCGUAAAGUAAAAGUUUUGUUUAAUAAUAAACUCAACAUGAACUUA